CCCUUCGCAGCUUCCCGCGCGCCUGCGGCGUGCUGGCCCCUUCGCAUGACCAUAUUUUCGGCCACCUCGCAUGCCACUAGUCACUGGCCGUGUCGUGACUUAAUGCGUGGCAAGCCCCUAAGUAUUUUUUCGAAUAAAUAAUACUUCAAAAGCUCCGUCUCCUAUGUAUUUGCUCCUCUACAAUGGCUACCGAGUCAAAAGUCUUUGAUGACAGCACAUCCGUCUUCAACCCACCUCCCACAUAUGAUGCCAUUUCUACGCCCAUAUCAGCAGAUUCUGUCCGGCGGUACAAACGAUCGGUAUCUUCCUUCCUGCAAUCUAAGCAAAAACGUCGUGCGACAGCUUUCUCUCGCAUCCGUGAAAUUGUCUCCUCUCCUGAUUUCACCCCUUCAUCUGUCGGGCCAAUCGUCGACUCCUGCGCUACUGCUCUUCCAGCAUCAGAGUUCUCAGAUCUCCUGCAACAACGCAAUAUCGAGGAUCACACGGCGCUGUAUUGGGCGAUCGUAAAAAAGCGGCGAGAAGCCCUUUGGGCAUUCACUAAAUUUAUUUCCGAAUUCUCGCCGGCUUGUUCUUCCGACUUACGAUUUGCGUGCAUGGCAAUUAACGACCACGAUCUGUUUAUGCAGCUGAAUUUGGGGGACAAUGUUAAUCCCAAGGAUAAGUCUUUGAGACGCAUGUUGGGUUGUCCGCGAGAUGAGAUUCAGGUGCUCCGGGAUGGACUGGUUGAAAACCGCUACAUCGUUCGUUUGGUCUUCAAGAUGUUUCAGACACGCCUGCGUAUUAUGCAGAAAUUUGCAGUAGAAUUUAUUGCGCGGGGACGUAUAUGGGUGUUGCGAAUUUUUAUGCAUGAGAAUGGGAGGUGGUACAUCGGGUGUGCUCUUUCUGAAUAUAGCUCGCCAGUGGUGCAUCCAGACGUCGACGUUAUAAUUCAGCCCCACAGGCCGUCGCCUGGCUUUGACACUCCGGAACUAAUUCUACAUUUGAGAUUACCAUCGAACAUACUUGUACCUAAGGGAUCAUGUGAACGUUACACUGCGCCCGAACCUGGCAUGUUGAUAUCCGGGAUGGCCCUCCCGUUAUAUGAUUGGCUAAUGGACGAUGAUACUACAUACGUAGACUGCGAUGGCACCCUAACUGUAGCAUUGAGAAUGACAAUGACAUAGUAGGGUUGACCAAUAGAGGCUGAGCCCUCCUUGUUGACACGGGACCCUAAAAACUAACGAGGGGCCUAGUAGACUAGAGGGUGGUUUAGCUCUGAAAGUAGAGCUAAUUCCAUCCAAAAUGGCUGCGUGUUUCAAGGGCUGAUGGUGUUUCAAAGAAUCGACACUAGCUGGUUCGAUUUGUGGACCCACACUCAGCAGAGAAAUUCGACAGCUUGCAAUCCUAGCCUAGGUCUGAGACGUCGGGCGGGGAGUCAGUAUGCAGUCAGGGAAGGGUCACUAGACUCACCUACAGACAUUUGCUGUAUCAUGGGAGCGACA